CAGUUAGAUAUUUGUCAAGCUAUAAAGACUUUUUGAGUGAAAAAAAUAUCUUUAUAAAUAAAUAUAUAAGCAAUAUGUUUCGAAAUACUUAUCAGGGCGGAUUUUUAUCUAUUUUGUAUAGUUGUGGAUCGGCUCCUCUAGAAUUAUGGGAUAUGCAUGUGAAAAACGGAUAUAUACGAAGAAUCACAGAUGAAGAAAUAAAAUCAUUGGCAUUGGAAAUAGCCGGGACCAAUGUAGCUACAACUUAUAUUUGUUGCCCGGCAGAUCCAAAGAAGGUGCUGGGUAUUAAGUUGCCUUUUCUUAUCAUUAUUAUCAAGAAUAUGAAGAAGUAUUUCACGUUCGAAGUAACAAUACUGGAUGAUAAGAAUAUGCAUAGAAGAUUCCGCGUGAGCAAUUUUCAAAGCACGACGCGCAUUCGUCCGUUUUGCACGUCCAUGCCCAUUGGACUUACUGGUGGAUGGAAUCAGAUACAAUUUAACUUGUGUGAUUUUACACGACGAGCUUAUGGCACAAAUUAUAUUGAAACCACUAGAAUACAGAUCCAUGCCAACUGCAGAAUCAGACGAAUUUAUUUUGCCGAUAGACUUUAUUCAGCGGACGAAAUGCCGGAAGACUUUAAGCUCUUUUUCCCGGUACACCGAAAGAAAUGCGUUAGAGAAGAUGUACUGAAAAAACCUAGCUUUGUACCUGAGGAAGUACCAUUUAUGAAAGAGCCGCCUAUCGAACCAGAAGAGGAAAUAAUUACAGAGGAAGCUAAAGAAAAAAUAGAAGAAGAAAUAGAAGAGGAAGAGGAAGAGGAAGAA